AUGGGGCCGCUCUUCGCCUCGGCAGUUAUUCUGGGGACUGUAAAUGCUGCGCCGCAAGAGAUUCCAGGCUUUGGCUUUGCACGUGCGUUUGGAAAUAGGAUUAGAGAGCAGAUUCCUGCAGGCUUCAGCAUCGCACGCACGUUUGGAGAUACAAUUAAAGAGCAGAUUGACAUGGCGACAAGGCUUCUGGAACAAUUCGAGGCCUUUAUAUUUAAGUACGGAAAAUCGUACGCCUCGACCGCAGAAAAGCUAAUGAGAUUCGAAAUUUUCAAAGAUAAUCUCAAAUUUAUCGAUUUAAUGAACGCCAGGUCCGAUGGGUCGGUGACGUAUGGCGUCAACUCACUUGCGGAUAUGUCUUAUGAAGAAUUCAAGGCUCGCAAUCGGUACAGAGGAGGAAACAGGGCGAAGGACGGGGCUAAGCGAGUGCGGAGAGAUGCCCCUAAAAGGCGGUUUACGGGGCAGCGAAAAUACUUUGAUGACGAAAGUGGAGGCGGAUUGGCCGGCAACAAGAGGUCGCGAGAGGACUUCGAGAGUGGUGGCAACAGCUCUAUGUACGCGGGCAGUUUUGAUCGCGGCAAAAUUGGAAAGGGAGGCUUUGAUCUUACGAGCCCGCUCUAUCCCGAAUGCAAAGAUCAGAAAAAUUGUGGAUCUUGCUAUGCCUUUGCAGUGGCGGGAGCGAUAGAGAUCGUAUACGCGAAGCAAAGGAGGAAAAUUCUUGAUCUCUCAGAGCAAGAAAUCGUAGAUUGCAGUCAGCCAUUCGGCAACGCAGGAUGUGACGGCGGCGAUUUUACUGAAACUUUCAAAUUCAUCAAAAAUAGAUCGCUCACUUCCGAAUCACAGAAUCCAUACGUUGGUAAAGAAACAAAAAUAUGCAAAAGAGCAAAAGGAGUGGUAUCCGUCAAGAGUUGGUCACACCUCAAAGGUCGUGCAAAUAUCCUAGCGGCAUUGAAAAAAAACAAAGCUCUUCUUGCCGGCGUUAAUGCUGACUCGAGAGCGUUCCAGGUAUACAAGAAAGGGGUUAUGAAAGUGCCGACAUGCGAUCCCAAUGUUCUGGACCACGCAGUCGUGAUCGUCGGAUUUAGAAUAGAAAAAGGGCAGACUAUUUAUGACGUUCGCAACAGUUGGGGGACCAAAUGGGGUGAACGCAAGGGGCACUUCCAGAUAGCAAACAACGACUGUGGGAUAGAAAUGGAUGUUUGGUCGUUUGAUCUAGCUUAAUGAGAUCACGCACCGACUAUUAAUAUCGCCGCGAACGGGAAAAACUCCUCCUUUGCUGCGAAGGAUGAUAAUGGGAACAUGCGAAUCGUCAUCUACGAACACUCUUGAAGCGCGGAAACGUUGAACAAAAAGUCGAUGAAACGAUGAAAACCACCAAUGCGGCGACGAGGCAAUAAUGGGGCAUACGUCAGACGCUCAACUUGCUUUUCAAUCAUUUAUCAACAAUUCCGACAAUAAUACACGACAUAUUUUACAAUAUAUUUCCAUGCG